UUUCCCUCCCUCUCCCUCCCGCAAUAUUUUCAAACCAAACUCUCCGUGGUCUCCAAGCUACCAGUAAACAAACAGCCAAUCAGAUUGGUGCGGGAAGCACAACAACCCCGGCGGCGCGCCGGCGCCAGGGGUCGCUGCCGAGCCGCUCACGGAACAGGUGGAAUUUUCCAUGUCCUCUCCUCUCCUCUCCUCGCCUCGCCGUCCGCGGCAGCUUUACAUCCCCUUGUCUUCCCGGCCUCUCGUCUGUAGGUUCGGUUGUCGUUUGUGGAAAGUCAAAUACAGUCAAAGUCUGUCCAGCUCCCAACUAGUCUUCGAUUCGUCACAGAUAAUUUAUCUUAAAGCUGCAUUGGAUUAUCGUAGUUGAAGACAGUGUGAUCGGCAACCUUUGGAAAUAACAUCGUUCAGUGCAAACAUCUGCAUUUUCCUCUUCCCGCUGGUCCGAGAUGGGGAACGGACUUUCAGAUCAAACUCCUAUUUUAUCAAACUUUCCAUCUUUUCAAUCUCUUCACAUCGUUAUUCUGGGUUUAGAUUGCGCUGGAAAAACCACAGUUUUGUACAGAUUGCAGUUCAAUGAAUUUGUCAAUACUGUUCCAACGAAAGGAUUUAAUUCUGAAAAAAUAAAAGUGACUUUGGGUAACUCCAAGCCAGUGACUUUCCAUUUCUGGGAUGUAGGUGGUCAGGAGAAACUGAGACCACUCUGGAAAUCCUACACUCGCUGCACAGAUGGUAUCAUCUUUGUGGUGGACUCUGUAGAUGUGGAAAGAAUGGAAGAAGCCAAAACUGAACUGCAUAAAAUAACCAGGAUCUCUGAGAACCAAGGAGUGCCUGUGCUUUUGAUUGCCAACAAACAAGAUCUCAGGAACUGCCUCUCUCUCUCUGAAGUGGAGAAACUGUUAGCAUUGAGUGAAUUAAGUUCCUCAACCCCAUGGCACCUACAGCCAACCUGUGCUAUAAUAGGAGAUGGGCUGAGAGAAGGACUGGAAAAACUUUAUGAAAUGAUUAUCAAGAGGCGGAAAAUGUUGAAACAACAGAAAAAGAAGAGAUGACUCUACAACAUUGAAGAUACAAAGAUGCUUUGUAUUUUUGAAAGCUGAGAUGUUUCUACACUGGUCAUUAUAUCUGUAGCCUUCUGACAAAGUUUAAGUUGAAAAUGCAAGUCCUUUUGAGACCCUAGUCUGGAUAUUUUUAGUGGGAUCACAGUUGAAGGUGGAUGUGAUGAAAUAAGUAUGCAGAACAGUUAUACCAGCAUAAGACUGUCAGCAUCUUUUAUAGUUUGCCUGACCAAAUUAUAUUUAGAUCUGUAGUACUUGUUCUGUGUUCAUCUGCCUUCCUAAUAGAUAUGUUUGUAUGUAUGUGGGUUAUGUGUUUCAAUUUUAGGCCUAAAAGUCCAGGUACCUGCCACAGCACAAGGCUUUAUUUUAGGCCAACUGAACACUGAAAAUAUUUGGUUGUUGACUAUUGUAAAAUUAGGAAUAUUUACGAAAAUUAUUGGGGAAAAGGCUGCUACAGAUUGUAGUUCAAAAAUGUUUAAGUGCUCUUCUGUUUUUAAACUAAGAAAUUUAAAGAACCAGUUGCUGAAUUUAGUUUUUGGAAGAAUAUUUAAAAUGAGUUACUACUGGUAUUAAAGAAAAGUAAAGCACUUUUGUGCUUGCCCUACAUCAUUUGUAGUGUUGGGGUUGCUGGCAAAUGUAUAUCAUUUAAUUAUUGAGUGGACAAUGAGCACAGUCAUAACUGAAGGUCUCUGAUAUGAAGGGAGGAGGGGAAAAGCUACAGUGAUGUUUAAUUGACCUUGAACUUUGAGUACUGAAAAGUUUUUAAUAAUGACAUAGGAACAUAGCAUUAGUCUGUUCUUGUUACUAAUAUACAAGUUGCCAUGAAGUCCUUAUUUCUAAGCAGUGUUACAUUGGGGAGAUGGAUUUUAUAUCAUUAUAUAAGCUGUGACAAGAGAUGUGAUAGAAACAAAGAAAUGUAGGUCUGCAUUUGCUGUCAACUGUAAAAUGUGUAUAAUAAAGCUGUUUAGGGCAGCUUUGCCAUGAAUUAU